AUGCUGGCAGGUUUCCAUGGUAGACUGACAGCGAGACUGGAACAGCUUGACACGAAAUUGCUCCACCAUGCCUGCACUUUCCUGCAAAGCAAAGAGAGCGCCACUUCCUUCGCGAGGGACUUUUUCGGUUCCGACCUUGGCAUUUCCACCUUGGAGAAGUGGCCACCCAGCAAUUCGGCAUCCAUUCUUGUCGAACUGGCCUCGCGCAUGGACGACGACAAAGAUGAGGCGAAGCUGGACUUGCUUGUUGAAGCGCAUGGCAUUGAUGACUCUGAUGCACGUGUGUGUCGUGCCCUGUCGAAGCAGAUUUGUCGAUGUAUGUUGCGCCAACGCACGACAAGCGACAGCAAGCAUUUAGAAGGGUUGCUUCUGAACGUACAACUAGAGAACGAGGACAUUCCUGCAGAGGUGCUAUCCAAACUAUCCCUUGAGCAAGAAAGUCUCAAGAAUUUGCGUGGCUCGCAGCUCAUGCUUCUUGCAAAGAUGCUCGAAAAGGCCAACCGACGAGCAGAUGGAGCUCGGGUAGCUGUUGCCGCUGCAGAAGCCUUCUCUGCAGAUGAGAAGGAAGACAAAUUUUAUGGGGCCGUCACAUAUGCGCACUAUCUAGAUCGCACAAACGACGAUGCAUCCUUGAUGCUGUGCAACCUUCUUGGAAGUAUCCGAGGCAAGUGCAACGAACUUGAGAAGGCUCAACAAACAACAAAAGAGCUUCAGAGGGCUCAAGAGGCAGAGUGCAAGCAACUCAGCAAAAGAUGCCAAGAGCUUGAGAAGGCUCAGCAAGCUAUCAAACCUUCUGUGUGGCACUUGACAUGGGAUUUGUCAGGCUACGACUUCACCAACUUCACCGAAGGUCAGCGGCAGCUCAGCGAAAAGUUCCAGCUCGGGGCGUCCGGCGUCGCGGCGUGGCUCUGUUUGGUUCCCAAGGCUUCGCCAAACAAGGCCUCGCUGUAUCGUUACGUGAGCGAGCCCGUCCUGGUGAAGUGGAGGUUUCAAGUGGGCAGUUGGGAAGACACUAUAGAGUGGGAAUUUGCAAAAAAGGAAGAUGGCAGCUUGAAAGGCCGUGGUUGGAGAAAGGCAAUCCGGAUUUCGAACCUCGCUUCGGGCAUCGCCUUCGAUCUGCUGAGCGUCCGCCGCGCCGGGUCCUCCUUGCGGUUGGUCGCUCCGGGCUCUGGGUUCCGGGCUCCAUCAUCGAAGGAGCUUGUGCAGCUCGAUUGA